UACCCCUGAAUACAAAACUAUCUGUAGCUACCAAAUGGAUCUGACAAAGAGGCUCUCUAAUUGCUUCCAAUAUGUAGCUAAAUACUUACAUCAGAGUGGAGCACUGACUGACAUACAAUACCAGAUAAUCAUCAGGCAUAGAGACGGUGCUGAGAAGCUCAUGGAGAUUAUUGUUGUUGGCAUCAAAGACCCAGACACCACAUUGGAUGCUUUUGCCGACUUUGUGAGAGCAAUGAAACGAAGUGGGAACAAAUUCUUGCAAACAUUUGUCAGAGAAAAAAUUGAAUCGAAACGAAAACAGUUGUAUAGAGAAUUGCUCACAGUUCCACCAGGUUUCCGAGCAUCUCAGGAAUACGACGUCUUCAUCAGCUACAGUCGUGAGGCUGACACUAUGCGCACAGUCGACACUCUUUUGCGCCCUCGACUAACACAAGAAGGCCUCACUGUGUUUGUAGACAGAGAUGGCGUUCGUCCUGGGGACAGAUGGCGAUCUGAGAUUGCCUCCGCUAUCAAAACCUGCAAAGCCUUUGUUUGCUCACUAAAUGCUACGUGAAGUCCGUGUACUGCAACGGAGAGCUGUACGAAGCAGUGGCUCUUGACAAGCGACUGUUCCCAGUGGUGUGUGAGCAUGGUUGGGGAGAUGUGCCUGGAGGUGCUCCUGUGACGGAGGUGGUACAAGAGGUUCAGUUAGUGUCGCUAGUAGCAGAGGACAGGGAGACACAACUGACAAGACUGGUCCAAAGUAUCAAAGAAACUGUGGCACCUUUAUUACCUGUUGCAGUAGCUCCAGGCUCGUCUAAUCUACCCACCGACCAUGCAGGCUGGUCCCUCGUCCCCUGUAAUGGAAGGUGUGUGUAAGAAGACUGGAGUGAGUGAUCAACAACUAGAUCAAUAAAUCCCUGAGAGUGACAUCAUUCUAUUAGCGGAGAAAUUUCCUCACCUACUGAGCGUGCACAAGGCUUUGACAAUUAACGAUCUGCAACAUGUUUACGAGAAACUACACACUGCACAUGAAAGUGCCAGCCCUCACUGGUUCAAUCUGGGAUUGGCUCUAGGUCUGACUCAUUUUAUUCUCACCAAUAUCGAUAGCAAGCAUCAUGGUGAUAAUGUGUCAUCAUUGCGUGAAAUGUUGGCUGAGCUCCUGCGUACGAAAGAUGUAACAUGGAGUCUCCUGUCAGAUGGUCUCAAAAAGCCCACGGUGGAGCUCAUCAAUUUGGCUGAUAGCGUCACAGCCACAACUCCUAACCUGCUCGAUCGACUCAACCUCACCCCAGCCGACCUCGGUGAUGUAACUGAUGUCACACGUCGUUAUGGCAAUCAAGCUGGAGUGGAUUAUGCAUUGAGAGUGUGGCAAAGAGUGAAUCCUUCCAGAGCUACCUUCAGGGCCUUGGUGGAAAUUGCCAUAGGACUGAGAAGAGGAGACACUGCUGUAGACAUUUGUAGAUUUAUUGUAAAGGAACUAAACUGAGCUUAACAAUGUUUAUAAACAUUUUUUGUCUGUCUAAUUAGUACGUGGGCGUAGGUGU